AUGAUACAAUUCAUCCUUCUAUUCAGUCGACAAGGUAAACUUCGUUUACAGAAAUGGUAUACGUCUCAAACAGACAAGUCUAAGAAGAAAAUCACACGAGAAAUCAUCGCGGCAGUACUUUCUCGUAAACCUAAAAUGUCGAGUUUUCUCGAAUGGAAAGAUUUAAAAAUCGUUUACAAACGAUACGCAAGUCUUUAUUUUUGUUGUGCCAUCGAACAAGACGAUAAUGAAUUGUUAACGCUCGAAACAAUUCAUCGUUAUGUCGAAUUACUCGAUAAAUACUUCGGAAGUGUCUGUGAACUUGAUAUCAUAUUUAACUUCGAAAAGGCGUAUUUCAUCUUUGAUGAAUUUAUCCUGGGUGGAGAAAUUCAAGAAACAAGUAAAAAAAGUGUUCUAAAAGCCGUCAAUGAUCAAGAUGUUAUUCAAGAGGUGGAAACACCUCAAGGUCUCAUCGAUGAAUAUGGUUUGGGAUAA